AAUUUAGAGUUACCUCCCUUUAAUCCUCUGUAAAUACGGAACAAGUAUCUUUCACAAAAUAAUCUUCUCAUGUCGCGUAGAUUGUGUGAUCAUCGAUCGACGCUUGCGAGAUCGGGCAUUAGAGUGAUAGGCGACGGGUGAGACAGUCGCAACCAUGAGCGCUCCGGACAUGUCAGGAAGUUCCUCGAGUCCGGCAAUGAUAAAAGAAGAACUUAAACAAAAGUUUUGUCGUCUGCAUCAAAAGGCCAAGGAACUUGGUUUGAAGGAUGAAGACUUUAAGAAGAUAGAGGCCUUAAAAGAAAUUUCGCAAACAAACAAGAAGAAAAAUGUUAUAACUUUGUACCUCUGGAAAAGUUUUGGAGUGGUUUUCGCCGUGUAUGUCGCAAUCUGUUUAGUUUGGUGUUUGGAGUGGCCUAUCCAAAAUGAUGUUAUGCUCUCAGUGUAUUUUCGCCUUCAAGGGCUCAGUGAAGAAGAUAUUUAUCGCGAACCAUGCGUGUUAGAACCGCUGGAAACCCUGCAAGAUGUGUUUCGUCCCCCGCUCUCUUGCGACUUUUGUAAAGGGGUAAAGGAAAUCGACAGAGUUUCCAAAAUAAAACCUGAGCAAUUUGAAAAUAAAUACGCAUAUUCAGCAAGGCCUGUUGUCAUAACUGACGGGAUGAAAAACUGGACUGCAACUGAAAGGUUUAGUUACUCGUUUUUCAAGAACAUUUAUAAGGAGGGUAGCCCUGCCCUGGAAAACGUUGAGAAUAACUGUCAGUUCUUUCCAUACAAAACAUCUUUCAAGAAUUUGGGAGAGGUUUUCCAAAUGGAUGAAGAGAGAGCAACUAUGAAAGAUGGAUCACAGCCCUGGUAUAUUGGAUGGAGCAACUGUGACUCCAAUGCGGGGAACAUCCUUAGACAACACUACCACAGGCCCUACUUCCUCCCCCCUGUAGCUGAGUCCAGCAAAACAGACUGGGUCUUCAUGGGAAGUCCUGGCUAUGGUGCCCAUUUACAUCUGGACAAUGUCGGCCAUGCUUCCUGGCAGGCCCAGGUGACCGGUACAAAGAAGUGGACGCUGGAGCCGCCAGUCGAGUGCUACCUGGAGUGUGAAGGAACCAUGGAGGUCAUCGUCAGACCAGGCGAUAUAAUUGUUCUGGACACAAACAAAUGGUACCACUCUACCUUGAAUGUGGGAACCGACAUCAGCAUCACCAUCGGCUCGGAGUAUGAUUGAGUACACUGCUACAGUUGGUUAACUGUGAAAUUCCAUAUUUGCACUGUCUUUUUUUUUUGUGGGUUUUAUUUUAACUUGGCAUUCUACACACUUUAUACUUCAUAUAGAUUGAAAGUCUGGUUUGAAACCGAUCUCAUUAAAAUCUUUUCGGAGAGCGGUGUUUAAUGGUAAAAAAAAAUGAUUUUAAUGAGAUUGGGCUAAAUGUUUAGUCUCAUUAGAUAUGGACACUGGUGUAGUGUACCUUCCUGUCAAACUAAAGAAGUGUUUCAUUGUGAUAUCUAGUAGCAUGAUUUGGAGACAUUUGCAGUAUGCUUCCCCAUUCAUGACAUUAUAAUAGCAGGAUUGUUUCAGUAGUUUUCGUUACAAAAAGCUACAUAUUUCUGAAUGUUCAUUUGGUAAAAUCGUUACUAAGAUUGUUAAAUCCCUAAAUCUUCCUUCAUGUCCCAUGUGGUACGUUGUUGUAUUGAAAGCUAUUAACAAUGUAUCAAAAAUGUAAUUUAUUCGUAAGAUCCAUGCAUCUUGCUCACUUUUAUUUGUCCAUGAGGCUGUUUGUAUUAAGAGCACACAUGCUGUAUUAUAUGCCAUUCUUUGUCUGCCUGUAUUCAGCAAUGACAGCUGUAUUUGUUGCAGAUUUGUAGUGCUACGACAUGGGACAUUUGUUCAGUCUAUCCUGUCUAGCAGAACAAUAUUUACUUGGGUGUACUCAUGUCAACAAAUCGUGUGUUUUAUGCACGUCACGUACUAUUGUGUGCUUGGUUUAAACCACAGUUGUUUUGACAGAAUAUGACAAUGUCUUUUAUUCAUGUUGUUACAGUGUUGAAGAAGGCCGUGUGAUUGUUCCAAUAACAUGGUAGUAGUAAAUAAUUUUCGUUUUGAAAAGAAAUCCUCCUGAGGUAUGGGUAAAGCAAUAUGUUCUGUGAUUGAUAAAAAUGUCUUAUUAUGCACUUUAUUCACCUCCUUACUCACAUGAUAACAUAACAUUCAUACAUAUAAUUUAAGGAAGUAAAAGUCAGCCAUCUCUGCAUUCAAGUUGUCAUAUACUCUCCAUAUACAACAAAGUCAGCCAAGUUUAGCAUAGUAGCUCACAACAUCCAGGUACAGCAAAGGAGUUUUCUCUUGUCUUUGCAGUUGAACAUUCAGUGUUUCACGACUGUGUUCGUUCUUUCUAUAGACUCGCUUUAGCAGGGGUGAGUGAGCACCGAAACCAAUCUGGCUUAAUUUGAUGCGCUCACACUUCUCAAUGGAACUGAUGAUUGUUCCUAUAACAAGCCACUCCACAAUCACAUGAUACGUAAUAACAUCACUAGAAAGAAUAUAUGUAUCAAUUUCUUAAAUUUAUUUUUUAAUCAAUAUAUUUCUUAUAUUUAUUCAAAGUGAUCACUGUAUUAUUAUUAUUGAUGUUCUGGAGAGGCUGGUCCAUUAUCAAUGAUAAGUGUAGGCCAGUUGUGGUUACAUAACCCCUGUAUCUAUUACAGAGCUCUAGAUAACUUUUUGAGCAAUUGAGCUUUUACUCUAGGGUUUCUAUUUUAAUUGGGUUAUUACAUUUUUCAUUGGGUAACCAAUAUUUUUUCACUCAUCUAUUCAUCACUCUAUUAGGUUUUUCCCCA